AUGGAAAAUGGAUAAUUUUAAGUGAAAAUUUUUUAAAAGUAUUUAUAAUAUAUACUUUAUUAUUACAGUUGGUCUUAACUCUGUUAUAUGGGACAGUAUCAAAAUGACAAAAAUAAUGGUAGAUGAGAUAUAUAAUUUAGGUUAUAGUGUUUAAAAGUUUGAAAAAAUGUAAAAUAAAUUUAGUUAAUAUAUUAUUUAUAGUGGUGGAGGUAUAUAUAAUUAAGAAGGUUUGAAUCGGCCGAUGGAUUGA